GGCCUUGCCGCCUUCACCCGGCUACAACCGGUCCCUAGGCAUCAACAGCCCACUUGUCGAAUGGGUUCCGCCAGAAGCGAGGACCUGUGCGGAAGGGCCCAGCAUGUUCCACCGCGGACGUUGUACAGCUCAAUGCCUGCCUGGAUAUGAGCCGGACAUACCCUUCCUUUCCUGCAACCUGGGCAACUUCAGCCCACCAGUGUACCAGUGUGUGGGCCAGCCCUGUCAGGCAUUGCAAGGUAUUCCGGAUGCUCCUGCCGCGACGUGCGAGGAAGGCACAGUCCUGGAGCACGGAGGGUCCUGCACCACGAAGUGCGACUAUGGCUUCGUCCCCUCCGAUGCAGUGCUGAGUUGCAAUGCGACGGUGCUGGAUCCCGCGAACUAUACUUGCAUCGGCACUGCUUGCAACGCUCCGGCCGGUGUCGCAAACGCCCCGACCAUGCCGUGCCUGGAGCCGCCCGAGAACCUGACUCACGGAAGCAUUUGCACGACACAGUGCUUGUCAGGGUUCGUACCCAGCACACCGGUGCUGCACUGUUACGGAGGACAGCUGAGGCCCGCGAGCUUCGAGUGCAUCGAGGAGUCGGUGUGGCUCGGCUAUGAGCCCUCCGACGACACCAUUGCCCAGGCGUGGGCCGAAAACGUGGCCGCCGACCCGGCGCAGCAGAUCACAGAUGAGCUCAGCCUGGCCAUACACUGCGUGGUUUUGCUGGCCUCCGUGGCGACGCGGCAGGGCCAGUGGAGCACCCUGACUGGGCCACAGGUGGAGGAGUUUGUCCUGGAACCCCUUACCUUGGACAAGGCAGUCGCGUGCUACCGAAUCGCAGGUGGGAGCACGAUGUGCCGUGCUCUGGAGCUCGUCUCCGAGUCGCUGGUGCAGGGUGCAGAAGUGCUGCUGAGCGCAGCUGAGACCUACCACAUCUCGCUGGCAAGCCUGGCGGACGGGGCAGCGGUCUGCUUCCAACAAGGUUUGGAUACCUGGCGAUGCCGGCUCCUGGAUGUGGGAAGCUCGAGUAGCCUCUCCAUGCCUGAGCCUCGACCUGCAGAGAGAGCCCUUUGCGGCUCCCUUGUUACAAGGGUCGAGACUGUGCGACUGUCACAAGGGGGCCCGAGUUGCUCCUGCCUGGAACUCUCUCAGAGCUCGCUCGGGGCCCCACUGCUGGAGCGAGAGAGAGCGAGAGAGCGAGAGAGAGGGAGGGAGGGGCCGUGA